AAGUGAGAUAAAGGCACCAGUAACUUGUGAAGGAGAAGGGCCAGAUAGAGAGAAGCAAGGGAAACAGGAAGAUAGAGCUGGGAAAGACUCUCAUAGGGGAAAGGAAAAAAGGGAGAAAAGGAGAGGGUAAAGAACUGAAAAAACUAUCUUUCCAGUUCAUUUCUCCUUCCUCUAAUUAUAUUGUCAUUUUUGUUACUCAUCAGGACAGCAGCAAUACAUUCUCUCCUCUGCCAUGGAUAUGAUCUUUGGCAAGAACAAGAAGGAACAUCCAGAGCCUUUGAGAGCCAAAAUUAGAGGUGAGCUGCCAACUUGGCUUCAUGGUACUCUUCUACGGAAUGGCCCUGGCAUGCACACCAUUGGGGAGACUACUUAUAAUCAUUGGUUCGAUGGUUUGGCCUUAUUACAUAGUUUUACCAUUCAAAACGGUGAAGUUCAUUACCGAAGUAAAUACCUCCGAAGUGACACAUACAAUUCCAAUAUUGAAGCCAACAGGAUUGUGAUAUCAGAAUUUGGAACUAUGGCUUAUCCAGAUCCUUGCAAAAAUAUAUUUUCCAAAGCUUUUUCCUACCUAUCCCACACUAUUCCAGACUUCACCGAUAACUGCCUCAUCAACAUCAUGAAAUGUGGGGAGGACUUCUAUGCUACUACAGAAACAAAUUAUAUUAGGAAAAUCAAUCCAGAAACUCUGGAAACCUUGGAGAAGGUUGAUUAUCGUAAUUAUGCAAACAUAAAUGUGGCAACUUCUCAUCCUCACUAUGAUGCUCAAGGGAAUGUCCUCAACUUGGGCACCUCCAUCGUUGACAAGGGAAAAACUAAAUAUUUGGUGUUUAAGAUACCUUCCACAAUACCAGAGAAAAAAAAGAAGAAAAAUAACUUAAAACACUUGGAAGUCAUCUGUUCCAUCCCAUCUCGCUCUCUUCUCAACCCAAGCUACUACCACAGUUUUGGAAUUACUGAAAACUACAUCAUUUUCCUAGAGCAGCCCUUUAAGUUGGAUAUUUUAAAGAUGGCCACUGCCUACAUUCGAGGCAAUAACUGGGCUUCUUGCAUUACCUUCCACGAAGAAGACAAGACUUACAUUCACAUUAUUGAUCGCAAGACAAAACGGACCCUGCAGACCAAAUUUUAUGCUGAUCCCAUGGUUGUCUUCCAUCAUGUAAAUGCCUAUGAAGAAGAGAAUCAUAUCGUGUUUGAUGUCAUUUCCUACAAGGACCACAGUCUUUAUCAGCUCUUCUACUUGGCAAACUUGAAUCAAUUCUUUGAGCAGAACUCUAAACUUACUUGUACACCAACCCUCAAGAGAUUUGUCAUUCCUCUCCAGAUGGACAAGGAUGCAGAAAUAGGUGAGAAUUUAGUCAAACUUGAAUCGACAACAGCAACUGCUCUGAAGGAAAAAGAUGACCAAGUCUACUGCCAAUCAGAAGAGCUAUAUGAAGGGAUUGAGCUGCCCCGUAUUAACUAUGCUUACAAUGGGAAAAAGUACAGAUACAUUUAUGCAGCAGAAGUGCAGUGGAAUCCAGUUCCAACAAAGAUAUUGAAAUUUGAUAUUCAAACAAAGUCAUCAUUGAAAUGGGCAGAGGAGCACUGUUGGCUUGCUGAGCCCGUGUUUGUGCCUGCACCAAAUGCACAACAAGAAGAUGAUGGUAUUAUAAUGUCAGUGGUUAUCUCCACCGACCCCAAGAAAUCACCUUUUCUGCUGAUAUUGGAUGCAAAACGAUUUACAGAACUAGCUCGGGCAUCAGUUGAUGUGGAAAUACAUUUGGAUCUACAUGGGUUAUUUAUUCCCUCUGGGGAUUCUCCUGAAGAGCAGGAGGGCAAUGUGCUUAGGAACUAAAUCUAGUAGUCUACCCUAGAGUGAUGCUACUUUGAGAUUUGGGAACAGACAAACUGUGUAGGAUCUUAUAGAACCAUAAGCCUGGAAACUUUUUCCUUAUCAGGUACAAUUUUAUUUUUUAUUCUUGAGAUGGUAUAUUAAGUAGAAAGAAAGCAAGGUUCAAUGCCUUUUAUUUCAUUUCAUUUAAAUUAUAAUAACAAUUAGAGGCUACAUGGUAUACUAUAUGGUCAGUUUUGGAGUCCAAAAGGCUUAUAAGUUCCACUUCUGACACAUACUAAUUAAGUAACCAUAAGCAAGACACUUUAAGUUUUAAUACCUGGGAAAACUUUAUAAGACUAUAAUUCAUUGAUAAACUGCUAAUCCUGCACAGGUGCAGGGGAUUCCCACACUAAUGAAGUGACAAGUCUGGUUUACAAAAAUAGUAAUUCGAAUAGCUGAUAUUUAGAGAGUACUUUAAAAUUUGUCAAGCACUUAUGUACAUCAUCUGAUUUGAUUCUUAUAACUACUCUGAGAAGUAGAUACUGUUAUUAUCCUUAUUUUACAAAUAAGGAAACUAAGGUUUCAGAGAGGCUUAGGUUUACUGACUUGUCCAUGGUUAUAUAGGUCUUAGGUAUCAAAGAUAGAAUUUGAACGCAGGUCUCUCCUGACACACAGUUCUCUUUCAAAUAUAUACCAUACUGCCUCUCUUUUGUCUUUGUUUGAAAUUAACAAAUAUUUAUUGAGUGAAUACUAUGUACCUAUCACGGAACGAAAAAGAAAACUUUUUAUUUUGAGCAUUCAUUACACGGAAAUUCUCACUAAAAUAAAUUACAUACUUAAAAUGAUAUUUUGCAAUGCUAAUUAUUAGUAGAUAAGGAUUUACCCAUUACCAAACAUACAAAUUGUCAUCAGAAAAUGUUUUAAUCUGUUAAAGAAAUACUUGGCUAAAUUGAGGUUCUCUUCCUUCCUAAAUCCUGGCAUGAUGUUUUUUGUUAAUUUUCCUUUUAAUAAAACUAUACAAUUAGUAAACUGAUGCACUGUCACUUAAGAAUUUCAUUAGCAGAAUUUCCAGAUACCUUCACUCCUCAGUUUUAGUGAGUGGGUUUCUACAAAUUCCAUGCACUGAUAUUGGUGUUCAGUAAAUAUGCUUCCAUUUGUUUAGUUAUAAUUGCAUUUUAAAAGCUCCAUCUCAAAUAUAUUUGUAUUUAAUUUUUAUUCUCACCCAACAAUUUGUUAAUUACUAAACACCAUCACCUUCCACAAUCAACUAGAGACAUUAACGAGAGAUUCAUGGUCCUCUGCUAUAGAAUAGCAGCGUUGGAUACUACUGAAAGUGAUUCUCUUCCUCUUCAGAUUUUCCAAGAAUGUUUGCUUCACUCUUCCCUUGUCAUCACACUUUUCCCUUGUAUUACACUUAUCUCAGUACAUGUGUAUCUUCUUUUGAGGGCAGAAUUUAUAUCUAUUUUCCCAGCUCUGGAGCACAGGACUUUGUACUUAGCAGGCAUUUAAUAAAUGUUGCUUGAAAUUGAA